UUAAUUUUCCAUCUAUAAAUUUGGUCGACAUUCCGCGGUACAAGCCCACAUGUACCCCAGAGUGAAUGCUAGCGGGGUGCAGGUGGGGCGGUCGAUUGAGCUUAUCGAUAGCGGUACGCACGGCCGGUAUUCCACCGAGCGCAGUCGCAACAUCCACGUCAACGUUUCAGCUCUCGGCAGUCGACCACCGAACAGCAAACCACAGACACUUUGACAGCUCCCAGCACUUCUGCCGCCGGUGAGAGCUGUUGUAGCCUCCUUCCUCAUCUUACAUCGCGGCCAUGUCCACCCGCGGGCAGUUUAACACCAAGAACCCUACCAUCAAGCGCAUAUUAAAGGAAGCCUCUGAGCUCUCUAUUUCUCCCUCUCCAGACUAUCAUGCCGAACCGCUAGAAGACAACAUCUUCGAAUGGCACUUCACAAUUAAAGGCCCAGAGUCCCCUUCCGCAUAUGCCGGCGGUAUCUACCACGGACGCAUAAUACUGCCGCCACAGUACCCUCUACGACCGCCAAAUUUCCGAUUUCUCACGCCCACGGGACGAUUCGAGGUGAACCGUGAAAUCUGCCUGAGUAUCUCUGGACAUCAUGAAGAGACGUGGCAGCCAGCCUGGGGCGUGAGAACGGCGCUAGUGGCGAUCAGGAGCUUCAUGGACACCGAUGCAAAGGGGCAGCUGGGUGGUAUUGAGUGCAGCAAGGAUGCGAGGGAGAGGAUGGCGAGAGACAGUGGAAAGUGGAUGUGUGCUGGGUGUGGGAAGAGCAAUGCUGAGAUCAUGAAAGAGAGAGAGCAAGCUGUCAAGGAGAUCGAGGAGAAAGAGGGCGGGAGGAAAGAAGAGGAGGUUCCUGAGGAGCUGAGACUUGCCUAUCGAGAUGAGUUGGGGCAGGAAGGGGAGGCUGAGGCUGGAAAGGUGGAUAAGGGGAAAGGCAGAGCUAUCGAGUCAGAGGUGCAGCAGGAUGCAUCGAGUCGACCUACAGCAUCAGCUGCGCCAGCAAUUUCGGCACGAGCGGUAACACCGGCGGCAUCAGUUGCGCCCACCCCAAGGCCCACAAGGACAGUACCAGCUACACCUCUACAGCAGAUAGUCCAGCAGAGCCCUGACCGUUCGCUUGCCUGGAUUGACACCUGCAUCUGGGGCGUCAUCGCCAUGUUGCUCUUCAUGGUCAUUAAGAAGUUGGACAUCUUGUAGGGUCUGGCGUGGCUUUGAUGUUGUCCACCGGUCCGACAAUUAUUCUUCUUGUACUCACAGCGAGCGAUGGAGUUGUCAAUAUGGGUUGUUUCUUUUCGUAUACAUUUCCAGGUCAUCAACCAUGGUCUAUGGCCCAAUGGGCCCAAUGGAUUCAACUGC